UCUCUCUCUCUCGUUCUAAUAAACACAUUCUCACACGAACUCUCGGAGCUGCGAAAAGAGAGAAGUCAGGGAGGCGCAUUAAAGAGUGGUCGAGAGAAGCCCAGGCUUAAAAAGGAGCACACAUUCAUUAACUUAUCUCCAUUGAAAAAGGUGAUGGCGGUAACAAUUUCCAGGGAUCUGACUGUGCAGGUGCUAGAGGACGUGAACACUGUCAAGCUGAAUGACCGACAACAGGCUCUGCGUGCUGCCAUCCAGAGAGGGGAGCCUAAAUGUCUGGGGGUGAGUCAGGUGAUGUUGGGGGUGAUGGUCAUGUCCUACUCCAUCCCUUUACACUUCACUGAGGUCACUGAAGUGGUCCGUCUGGGAGUUGCUUGGUGGAGUGGCCUGACGUUCCUCACAGCUGGAGUGGUCGCUAUCAUCUUGGACAAACACUGCAGCAUGAAGACUCUGCACGCGUGUCUAAUGGUGAGCAUGGUGUCCGCUGUGCUGUCAGUGGUUGCUGUGAUCAUAUACAUUUUGGACAUGGAAAAGAAUCCCGAGGCUCCCUGCGUCAAGACACAGUAUGACAGCUGUAAUGACCAGCACUAUGCCACGAAGCUGAGCAAUGGAGUGAAGUCGUCCCUCCUUCUCUUCACUGUGGCCCAGGCAGUCAUCUCUGCCGUUGUCUGCUUCCUCCUCUUCAAACAGAGACGGAGCUUCGGACAGUACACUUCUCUCAAUCAAGCUGCUUCAUCAACCCUUACAGAAACCACACCAGCCGACCUGAACUGAUCAAUCACUGGAUCAGUCAUUUAGAUGAUGGAUCACUUUUCAUCAGGUGACUGUUUUUCUGACUGAAUUUGUCUAUCUACUUAUAUCUUCGACUAAUCCACUGUGCUACCUGAUAUGUGACCAGCUGAGAAACAUCUGCUUUCAAGUUGUUUUUAUGAAUGUCUGGCAUGACCUGUAAAUUAGAUUAUUGGUGCAGCCAAAUGAUUGAAAACCUCAGUGAACAAAGAGCUGUGAUAAAACAAAACAAGAACAGAAUGAAUGGAAGACACGAUAACUCUUAAAAACUGUCAUAAUGGUUCAAAUAUGGCACAGCAACAAAAUCAUUAAACGAGACAAAGGAAAGACAGAGUAAAUUCUAAUACAUGAAUAGACAAAGAGAUUGUUCUCUCUUAUGUAAAACCAUCACAAGAUACUUCUGAGGUAAUGAAAUCUAAAAAUGUACCCUGAUGAUGAACUGUCUUGGCGGUACAGGAUGCAAAGUGCAGGCAUGUGUGCAGGAAGUGGUGGGCAUUUUUGUGGCUGCUGGCUCAGAUGAAGGCAGUUGCACAGAUGAAGGCAUAUCUUCACCAGGAAGAAUGUGACGAUUGCGUAAAUAAUGCCCCAGUUCAGGUGAAUUCUGUUGUUUGUGGUGAAUCUCCCAUAAUCUGAGGUUGCAGUCUAGGUGCCGUCCAGUCAGCUAUAGGGCUAACUGUAGCUAUAACCACAGCCAAAGAUGACUGAAGGAAACAGUAUAGUGAGUUGGUGGUUACUCCUGUGACUUGCUGCCCCCUCUAUUUGUGGAGCUACCUUUGAAUUUUGGACAUAUUUUACAAAUUGCUUACCUUUAAUACACCAUUUGAAAAACAUAAUCCCAAAUCAAGUUUCACUUAACAGCUGUGCCAGUGCUUUUAGUCAUGUCACAUGGUCAUCAUCAUUAUCUCAGGAUAUCUUGACAUGCAUGGAUGAAGACUGGGUGAUACAACUGAAAGCAUAUAAAAAGGCUAGUACAGACUUUGAGUUAGAAACGUUAUCCAUAAUGGGUUCGUAAUUAACAAUGAUGAUUGAGUGAUGAUGACUGAGCCAGAGCCCAAAUCUUCAUUAACUCUAGCAUCUGUUGUCAUGAAAAAGGCUCAAAGACUCAAAGUCCUCAUGUAAAAAUUAGUGGAUAAAACAGGAUGCCGACAUACAGACUGAUACAGACUCACACACUCAGCACUGUAAGAAUGUCAGUGGUGCCUCUUCCAAACAUUGCCUUGUUAGGAACGCUUAAAGUAUAAGCUAUUUUAUGUGUUCUGUUUGGACUCAGCCUUGGCCAGAAUUGCACUGAUUCAUCACCAUUUGCCCUGCAGCACACAGAAAGCAGGCAGCCUGCUCUAUGUGAGGAGGGAAGCUCACUGCAGGUGGUGCGGGGGGGUACCUCACUUCAUUAGCACUGCUGCACUUGGUUCCAUGUGCCUACACAAACACAGAGCCCCCUGACUUCUCUCUUGGUUUUUGACUUGAAAAUGUUUUCAUGGUGUAUUUGCAGUCUUCUGUUUUCAAUUCUCAGUUUCGGGAACAUAUGUGCAUAUUUCACAAAGUAUACAUUAUUAUUGUGCACUGUUUUUUCUUCUUCUAGAUUGUUGACACAAUGUUAUAAAAGAGAUGUUAGUCCAUUUUGCACUAACUCCAUGAUACUGUUUUUUUAUACAAAAUAAAAUCAUAUAUGAACUAAAUCUGCAGUCCAGUGAGAUACAUUUUUGUGAGAGAGAAGAAAUGUGGGGUUUGACAAAUGCAGACAGUCCACAUGCAAGCAGGAAGACAACAGAACAAACAUGCAUGCACUGCUCUGCUCUGCUUUAUUAAUCCUCUCAAAGCCACAUGUUUCAAAACAUUAUGGCAUAAAUGGAAACAUCUGGAUUUUCAUCAGGAUGUCUUGAUAUCGGUCAUGUCAACUGUGCUGAACACUGGUUAUCACAGGAAAGCUGAAUUUGAAAAGAUUAACAACUAAUGUAUGUUUCAAGUUGUCAUCUGCAAAUAACCCAUUAAAUUUAUUCAAA